UUACGGAGUGCGGAGGGGAAUGAAGGACGGGGUAGGAGGAAGGGCCGAAUGGUGCGGUGCCGCACGGUCAGGGGAAGUCCGGGUAGUGGGGCGGGAGUAACAGAGAGGGGGGGGAUGGAACAGAAGACGGCGUCUCGAGUCCACGGAAAGCCGGCAACGACCACCGCAGCAGUAGAGCGUCACUAUUCGUUGCAAGAACAUCGUGCGUUCUCGGCUUCGCGCGUCCCCACCCCUAUCGUGCGCUUUGGUCUGUAGCUGUAGUGUACCGUGUGCACAUUCAUCGAAACAUUUAACUGUGAGCAGUGGAACCGGACGGACAACUGAUCGGUGACGAUCACCACACAGGUUCAGUAGUCGACAAGAGAAGAGCUACGCGACGCGGCGCGCACACAUCGGUGCUUCAGUCGAGGUCGAUCCACCAUCAGGUGUUUACGAGGACGACUCAUCAGCCGUUGGAGAUCGGCGAUAAGUCGCGCGGCACAAAUCGCAAAGCCAAAGUAGAUCUGCAAGUGAUCUACGCGAAGGCGUCACGACGACGGAGGACGGAGGUUACGAGGAUCGUUUCCGGGAAGGCGCGAAAGAUAGUCGCCUCACCGGAAUGAGAGGUGAAUCGGCGCGACCGGGCAAACGCCCCUUAAGAGCGCUUUCCGCUUCGGAGAAGAUGGACGCCAUACAGAGGGUCCACGAGGGAGAGAGCAAAGCAUCGGUUGCUCGCGAUAUCGGUGUACCAGAGUCGACGUUACGCGGAUGGUGCAAAUCCGAGCACAAGAUCAGGGGCAUGGCAAGGAAUUCUUCGACGCCGGAUAGCGAGGCCCACUCGCCCGCUUCGUCUUCCGGCGCGAACGUGACAGCUGCUAACUUGGCCGGUGGCUCGGCAAAUUUGUCGAGCGAGGACGAGGGUCCUUGCGCGAAGAAGGCGAAAAUAGAUCAACAGACAUCGGUAACCAGCGCUAGCACGUCGUUCGUGGGUGACGUUUGUACCGACUCGGAUGGUAAACCGGAUAACAAACCGAAGAUCGAUUACGUAGGACUGAUGACCAGCAUGGCCGGCAUGAGACCCGAAAAUAGUUCGUUGCUUCUGCAACAAUUGGGACUGUUAUCGGGCGCAACUGGCACACUUGCCAAAAAUUUGUUGAGUAUGUCGCCGGCUUUGUCGCACGGCAGCACCGUCGGUCUCGUCGAGAACGGGCUUCAAUACACAAAGAACACCGGAAACGCAUGUCUCGCCAACAUGAAUAAUUUGACUAAUAGUAACAAGAGACAUAGUCUCUCGGCGAUCGCACCGACGCAAAUGGACUCAUUGGUCGCAAAAUCGUGCAGCACACGAAAGAGUUUGCCACCUGCCGCGGAAGCGCCAUCUACACCGGUACCCGCUUCUCCCCGCAAAACGAACGAAACCAAUAGCAUUCCAAGAUCGAGCAGCAAACCGAGGAAGGACGGGAACAUGAGCAGCGGUAGCAACAACAAGAAGGUGGACGAGGCAUUGUGGCUGUGGUUGACGCAACAGCAACAGCUACUCGGUCAGCAGUCGGCUAGUUUUAAUCCUAGCAUCAAUCAGCAGGAUGGUUCGUGGUUCUGGCAAUGGUACAAACAGUGCAGUUUCCCGUUGAUAACGUCAACGCCGCCAGCACCCAGUCCGGUCGCCAAGAAAUCGCCCAGCAAGACGAGGGCCAUGCUCGACAAUGUACUUAGUAGUAACAACAGUGAGAACGUGUUACGAAACAUGAACAUGGAGGAGGAGUCUGCAGCCGCCGCCGCCGCCGCCGCCGCCGCCGCUGCCGCCGCCGCUGCCGCCGCCCCCACGGAUAACCACGAGAUGAAUGGCGAAGACGUGCCGAGCAACAGCGAGGAAGCGAUCCGACACGGCGAGAAGUUCUUGAAGUGGUUGAUGGACAAAUGCUCCGAUCCGUCGGUUACAAGACUUCAGAUUAUACAGUUCAAAUAUCUAUUGGACAGUCUGAAGGCAUAUAGAAAGAAGUCGUCGUCUAGUUUGAAACAAAGUAGAAAAUAGGUGAGGAGAGAAGAGAUACAAACUGUGAUGUUAAAUGUAUAUUAUUAAGAAAGAGUGUGUUAGCGAUCGUCGCGCGACUCAUGAGGUGGAAAAAAGUUAGGUAGAAUCGGACAGAAACACAAACAGACACGCAAACAGACACAGAAAAUGUACUGUACAGGAGUAGCUGACUACUACUCGGUGUUGCUCUCCGAAUAUUAUUAUAUGCGUCGUCGUCGUCGUCGUCGUCGUCGUCGUCGUCGUCGUCGUCGUCGACGUCGACGUCCUUGUCGUGGCCGUCGCCGUCGUCGCCGCCGUCGUCGUCGUCGUCGUCGUCGUUAAACUCUCCGCGUUCUGUUGAAACGACGCGUUCAUUUUUUUUUUUUUUUCGUUCUUUUCUCUAUUUCUUGUCCUUUCGUUCGUGCCGAUUCCCGAGGAUUAGUAUACCUCGUGUUUCCGAUUCGUCUGCGUGUGUGUGAUGUGUGCAAAAAAGAAGUAUGAAGAGGGAAAACCAGUGUUUGCCUUCUAUCAUGUUCAACGGACUUCUUAUUAUGUCAAUUUAAUUUAAACGAAUCAAACACGAUCAUGUAUUUCUCAAGCCCGCUUCUGAUGUUCGAUGAAUUACGUUCAUUUAUUUUUUUUCGUUUCAUUUGUUCUAUAUUUUCGAGCUUUUUUCUGUUCCAUUUUUCGUUUUUUUUUUUUUUUUUUUUUUUUCGAGAUACCUUACAUAGGAGUCGGGCUGAAUCAAAAUGGAUCGUAAUGAUUCUACAGUUUUCUUAUUAGAAUCUUGUACAUAAGAGGAUAUACCAAAAUCAUAAAUGAACCGUUGUAAUUAUAACAAAAAUUAAAAUGUUCGUAGACAGGUAUAAUUAUCGAUUAAACUUAUCACUCGUUAGUGUAAGUGCGUGCGUGUGCGCGCGACGGAAAAUUUCCUUACGAUCAUAUACAAAUGAAAAAACGGAAAGAAAUCGAUCAUAGAUUCUUUCUCGACCGAUGGACGAUAUUGCGUUUUCAACAUUUUUUACGAAAUCCCCCGUUACAUUAUCAUAAGCGAUGCAAUAGUUAUACAUGCCAUAAGUCGGGAAUGAAGAUCGCAAAUCUGCGUUAUCUACCGUCGAGAACACAUUUUAAUUUUGCCGUUACAUUCUAAUUAUUGCGUGAAUACAUCUAAGAGGAAAAAAAGAACUAAUAAUAAUAGCUUCGUAUACGCGAUAUUUAAUUGUGGACUGCGCUUUUAUCCCAAACAGUUCUACCUCUCGUUCUGUUAACGCGUAUUUACGUAUGAUACAUAAUAAUAAGGUUUAACGUAAUGUGUGCACGCGACUCGCACGAAACUAAAUGGUCCAAGCAAAAUAAAUGGGAAAAAUCCUAAUAAAAAAAAAAAAGUGGCAAAAAGAUGUUUGUUAUAUCGGUGAGAAAUUAUAUAUUAUAUAUAAAAGUAUACAUAUAUAUUUAAGGACUUUUGUCGCUGAACUUUGCGAAGUAAGGUGUUUCACGAAAAUACAUUUGAUUACUUACCAUAUUGAGUGCUUUGUCCAGAGGCUCGUACUCGACAUAGUCACUGACAAAUUUUCCGCACCCCUGCCACGUGUACAGUUCUGGAUAUGGCAGUGUACUUCGUCUAAUAGUAGUAGACACGAAUUUCUGCAAGAGAAACGAUUUAAACUAUAAAAACAUUUCCUAUUUUGUAAUUUCUUUUUUUUUCUCUACGUGUUACUUUAUUGCAGCAAGAUUAUUUCCCCCACUCCACCCCAAAAAAAACAAUUUUUUUUUUCAUGUAUUUAUUUUUGUUCUGUUUUCUUUUAUUUCCCAUGCGUCAUGUGAAGCAUUUAUAAGUUUGCUUUUUAAUUUUCCUCCUAGAUACGUUUUUCUGGAAUAGAGAACAUGAACGUCUGAUGAAACGAUUGUUCUUUCUAUCGCGUUCACAUGACGCGCGUAACGUUAGAUGUGCGUUAAAGGGAAAUAAUCUUGCAGUUAGCAAAGUAUAACUAUAAAAGUAACACACAAUAGGAAACCAAAGUAAAGAAGGUACUGUCGAAUGACGGUACGUGUAAAUAAGACUGUGACAAUGCACUUGUACGCAAAGUGCAUACUAUGUAUUGUAGUUCAUUUAAAGCAUAUAUAAAUAAAUGUAUAGCGAAA